UUUUGCAUUGACUCUCUCAUGGGCCCAGCCCUGUCUAAUUGCCUAUAUUUCUACCUAACUUAGCUGUCUAUAUCACUUUCACUCAUUCCUACCUCAAGAAACUUCAGAGGAAAAAAAAAAAUAAACUGGGCUUGUAUUCUGAAGCUGCAUUUUGUUUCUUCAAAAUAUGAUUUUAAAAAUCUUUAUUUCCUGUUCUCCUUUCUAUCUAGUUUUCACUUCUAUCCUACCUCAGCUCCACCAAAAGCAUGAGAAAAAUCCAGGUUGGCAAGGGAUGCCCUUUCUGACCAGAGUCAAAGUUCCCCUGCUGCCUGUUGAGAGCAGCUCGCCUAUUGGCUCCCGGGACCCACCCCUUCAGGGUUCCACCCUGUGGUGCAGCUCUGUGAGGACAUUCCUUGGGAGACUGAGGGUCACCACAGCACCAUGACGGAGUCUAGCAAGCCCAUCCUCUAUUCCUAUUUCCGAAGCUCCUGCUCGUGGAGAGUUCGAAUCGCUUUGGCAUUGAAAGGCAUCAACUAUGAGACAGUGCCCAUCAACCUCAUAAAAGAUGGGGGGCAACAGUUCUCUGAGGAAUUCCAGACACUGAAUCCCAUGAAGCAGGUGCCAGCCCUGAAGAUUGAUGGAAUCACCAUUGGCCAGUCACUGGCCAUCAUUGAGUACCUGGAGGAGACUCGGCCCACUCCACGACUCCUGCCUCAAGACCCAAAGAAGAGGGCCAGUGUGCGCAUGAUUUCUGACCUCAUCGCUGGUGGCAUCCAGCCCUUGCAGAACCUGUCUGUCUUGAAGCAAGUGGGAACGGAGAACCAGCUGUCCUGGGCUCAGAAUGUCAUCUGUUCUGGCUUUGACGCUUUGGAGCAGAUCCUGCACGGCACAGCGGGGAAGUUCUGCGUGGGAGAUGAGGUGUCCAUGGCCGACCUGUGCUUAGUUCCUCAGGUGGCAAAUGCUGACAGGUUCAAGGUUGAUCUCAACCCCUACCCUACCAUUAGACGGAUCAAUAAGACACUGCUGGCCCUGGAGGCCUUCCAAGUGUCUCACCCCUGCCGGCAGCCCGAUACACCUGCUGAGCUGAGGGCCUAGCUCCCAACCCCGCCCCACUGGCACGAGGCAGGCACAGGAGCAGACAGGUGCUGAGUGCGCUGACACAAGUGAGGCGUAAGUGGUGAGGCAGGAGACUUGAACUCCAGUCCUUGGAUCUGAGCUGUAGCUGUAGGUCUGCUUUUCCCCUGAACUUUGUUCUGCCUCAAUCCUACAAUCUGUCAAAUGUCUGAAAUAUUACCUGCUGUCUGGGUCAUGGGAUAGUCAUGAAGACAAAAUGAAAAUGGAUUAAAUGCCUGGCAAGUUUACCAGCGCACCAUAAGGAACCCUGGACUCGUCUUCUCAUCCGCUGUUAACAGUACUCCAGAGAAUGCUCAGACUGCAGUCCGGUCAUUCCCAGCCCUCCAGCUUGUUCAGUAAGAUGGAGCUGAGGUCCAGAAGAGUAACACUGCCCCUAGCUGGAAUCCGUGUGUCUGGAUUCAGGAAGUUAGCCAGCCACUUGGCUGCCCUGAAAGCCAAGGGCAAGGAAGAGAAAUAGCCCAAAGGCCUGCUUGAGAAACAGGAUCCAGGAGAACAAAUACAAGAAUCAGGAAAGGAAGCAUGUGGCAGCCCGCCGAAUUCCCAGGGCUAAAAGCGUUCCACUUCAGCCCAGAGAGGCAAGUUGACCGUUUUCUGCAGGAGCAGCAUUCUCUAGACCCGUCUCUGCGUUAGGCGGUUCCAUAAACCGAGUCACAAAUGGUCCUGGCAUUGGGAGGCAGACUCCCCUCAGGGGAGCAUGAACAGCGGUUUGAGCUCAGGAGACUGGCCAGUGACAAUUCACCACGGGCUGUGCUGGGGGGAACAAGCCCCCGAGCUUGGCAAUGCUCGGGCAGAACUAGAGCCACCUCUUGGCAGAGUUUUUGCAGGGAGAUUGGUGAGACAAAAUGACCUUUUAGAGCCUACCUGAGAUUUCAUUUUUCCUAUUUGGCUUUUCGACAGCUAAGGUUUUAUGUGUCUGAUUCAAAUGGAAGCCACCUUUCAACCACAUGCCCCUUUUCUCCACCUCAGUCCAGGGCACCUGGUUUCCCCUUCAUCCUGGGCUUGUGGCCUCACUUCUCAUAAAUGACCUGGUUCCAAACUCUAGAAUGACCAAAGUGAGCCACUCUUCCCCAAGGCAGGUUUGUCCCUGCAAACCCAAAGACAGAAAGAUAGAUUACACAGGGCAAGGAUGAAGGAGACCCAGCGAUACUUCCUGUCCCGCCCUGCUGCCACCUGGAUCCUCUUCCUUAAUUACUGUAGACUUGUUUGGCUCCCUUGGUCUCUCCACAAGAAACCUCUACUUGGUAAAAGACUAAUCUCAGCCCAGAAACCAGGAAUUAUCACCUGAUUUAGAUGUCUGAAAUGAAGGUGGAUUUUUCAGGAGGACGAAUUUGGAGGGGGGGGCCCACACUUCAGGUAUGUUCCUGCCGCUCUUUCUGCAUCAUGUGUCCCUGCACCUGGAAAGGUGGCAGGAGCAGAGGAGCAGCAGGCCAGCUUCAGGGGCUGGCUUGGCCACUGGGGCUGCUGCCACCACUCUCCUAGAAUAAGGAGGCACCUAGCUCUGCCCCCACCAACAGGUGCUUUUGUGAGCCCAGCUGACCCUAAGGGAUUUGCAGCACUGCUCAAGGUACCAGGUUCCCCCACCACCUUCCUCUGCUCAGUCUCCAAGGAACAGAAGUGCAAGAGACAUCUGCAAGUGAGAGAACUAGACAGAAUCCACAUCUGGAACAAGGUACAGAAACACAGACAACCUGAGGCCCCUCCUCCUGCCCUAUAUGUUUCUAGAAAGAACUAGAUAUAAUGAGGCCUGACCUGUUCCUAGAAUAAAAUAAUCUUGAAGCCUGGACCACUCCAGGUAGCAGUGACCUUGCCUUUGCUUCUGUUCAGCCUGCCAACAUGCAGGGAGCCCUCCCAGGUGACCCAGCUAGAAGCUGGGAUGUGUGCAGGUGUGACCAGAAAUACAACAGACAUGGCUCUUACUGAUUA